CGGGGCCGGUCCCGCCCCCGCGGCGGCGGAAGCGGGAGGCGGUGCUGGCUCGGGCUCGGGUUCGGGCUCGGGCUCGGGCUCGGGGCCGGGAUGGUGCUGGAGGCGCUGCGGCCGCGGGUCGUGCGCUGGGCGCUGCUGGCCGCCUUCGCCGCCGGGGCGGUGGUGGGCUGGCAGGCGGGCCGGGCGCGCCGCCGCUUCCUGCGCUGGCGGCAGCGAUACCUCCAGCGCCGCCUCGCCGCCGCACAGGAGAAGCUGGAAGCGGCCUGAGCGCCGGCAGCCGCAGCCGGGCUGCCCCUGGCCCUGGCAGCGGGCUCCGGGUGGCUUCUCCGGCGGCUUCGGUGGGCGCCGCUAGAAACGGGUGAAGCGCGGCUGGGGAAGGACAGCAUCCCUGGGAUGGCAGGGCUGCCGGCUGGACAGCAUCCCUGGGAUGGCAGGGCUGCCGGCUGGACAGCAUCCGUGGAAUAGCAGUGCUGCGGAGAGGACAGCAUCCAUGGAAUAGCAGUUCUCUUCUGCCCUUCACAAAGCAAGAUCUCUGACUGUGUCAGACUACCUAACAAAGAGCUGAGGAUAUGCAAGCAACGAUCCCAAACCUGGAAUGGACUGCUCAGGGAGGUUUGGAGUCCCUGUCCCUGGAGGUGUCCAAGGAACAUCUGGACGUGGCACUCAGUGCUCUGGACUGGGUGACAAGGUGGGGAUCGGUCACGGGUUGGACUCGAUGAUCUCGGAGGUCUUUUCUAACCUCAGCGAUUACAUGAUUCUGGGACUCCCAUAUUUCAUAGGGUUGUCUGCACUUGUCCAGCUCUAAGCCCGCUGUUCUGCCCUUGCCAGGGAGCGCUGCCAACACAAUAAACUAGCAAAAGUCGUUGCA